AUGGGAAAUAAAAUGAAAGGUGAAGUGUCAUCACAGAAUUUAAGUAUGAAGAAAAGAAAUCAAUCGAAUCGAAAGGAACGGCGACGAAAUGAGGAGAUGAACCUUGCAUAUGCUCGAUUACAACGUUGUGUCCCACAUAUACCUCAUGAUCAAAAAUUAGCCAAGAUUAAAACUUUACGACUUGCUAUGCUUUAUAUUAAACAUUUAGAAGCAGUGGUAGAUGGUUCUGUUCGGGUUCGUUCCUCAUCAUCGCAGGAGUUACGGCCACUUGAAGUGGAAGAUUUUGCAUCAAUUGCAAUGGCUGAAAUACAAGCAAGAAAUAAUUACAAAGAUUUAGCAGAGAAGGAAUUGCGACGUGGUGUUCGAACCGAAGAUAUUUGUCGACAGACCGUACCAGAACGUUACGCAUUGCAGGAAACACCGCCGCAGAAUCAUUUCUCAUCAGUAGUACGAUCUUAUUCAACGUCUCCAACAGUAUUUCAUAAUAAUAACGGAACAGCGCCGACAAUAGUUCAGAAUAAUAAGUCAUCGCCGAUAUUAAUUCAAAAUAAUGCGACGUCGCCAGUAGUAAUUCAUAAUGAUGGAACGUCGCCGACAGUAAUUCCUAAUAGUUCAACUUCUUCAGCACUAAUUCCUAAUAAUCUACCUCAAAUUUCGUCCUUUACUGGUCAAUCUAUCGUUGACAAUUUAUAUCAUUUUUCCUUCCCUAAUUAAGUCAUUACAAAUAUUUCGC